AUGUCAACAUCAAAUAAAACCUAUAAAUAUUCUGUUGAAUUAAAUAUAUGUGCUGUUGAUGCGCCUGGUACUCGGUUAACAACAAAAGGUGAUAUAUAUAUCAACAUUUGUCUAUUGGGUGUACAUCAGCGUACACAUUUUAUGUCACCUUAUUUACCAAUGCAUAUUAAUCAAAAGUUCUACUUUGAUAAAAUUUUUAAAUCGUGUCACGAUCCUCGAGAUAUUAUUCAACGACUUCAACGUGAACAUGUUCUUAUUGAAUUAUUACAAGCGAAUGGUUCAUCAUCAGUUCUUUUGGCAAGUUAUGAAACAAGUGCAAAAGAUUUUCUUCAUCCAUAUUCAUCGAAUCGAAUACAAUAUGUUGGUUUACGACGUUAUGUUGUUCUUAGUCGAACAAUUGAUUUCCCAGGAAUUUCUCCUAGUUUAGAAUUUAGUGUUAGUCCAUCUGUUGAUGUUAUGACUGGGAGAAAAAAGAUAGCUACAACUCAUGAAUAUAUAAAACCUAUUGUAUCACACGGAAAAAGUCCAAAACGAUCAAAGUCAUUAACAUGGAGACCAUCAUCUGCAUAUCCAAAUCGUUCUUCAUUGAAUGAUUCAGCUAUUGUAUCAACGUCACUAACAUCACCUACAAUAUCAUCUGCAGUAAAAAAUGAUUAUUCACAACCUGAUAUACAGGCAAAAUUACGUGAAUUAGCUGUACCUGGAGAAGUUAAAUACAUUGUUGCGAUUGAUAACACAGUGGGACGAAAGCCAUUUGUUGUACGACACGUUAAUAAUGAUUUAAUCGGCCGUAAGCCUCUAUCUCAUUCUGUGUUCAAUGAUGGUUUAGUUGUAAAUGACUAUUCGUUGUCUCGUGGUAACAGUUCGAUGUCAUUGCAUUCAUUGAACGAUGGCGCUUAUCGCUCUCGAUCAGUUUCUCGAGGUAAUCGUCGUAGAAGUGGUUCAAGAGGACCACGAGCUCGAUCGGUAUCAACAUCUCGUCGUGAAUUGAGCCCAUUUCAAUCGUCUGAGUUUGAAGUACGAGGUCGUUCACGAACACCUGAACGACGUUCUAAUUUACGUUCGACAACAACAUAUCUACAUAACGAUUAUGAUUCUCACAAUUUAGAUGAUGAAUUUCAUUCGACUAUAGAUUGUGCUAUAUGUCGAUUACAUCGUAUGCAUAGCGAACAAAAUCAAAGAGCCAAAUCUUUAGAGCAGCAACAUUUUACGACAAAGUCCAAACAUAAAUUAUAUUCACCGGCUGUCUACUCGCGUAGUACAUCGCCUUAUUUGACAAGUACGACAUUAGCUCGAGAUCCAUUUCAUUAUUGUCACCGACAAUCGCCAGCAGGCAAACUAAGCGACAAAGUGCUUCAUACUCUUCGACGUAAUCUGGAAUCUUAUAGUACUCAGCCAUGGCAUAAGUAUUAUUCAGCUUUUCGUUAUGCGGAUGGCCAUUGUGAUGUUGAUGGUGAUGAUGAGUUACUUGAACGAAGUCGUCGACUCACACAAUAUUAG